AUUCUGAUUUCAUUAAUAAUCCAUUAAUGCUGCGGUUGUAUGAAUGUAUGAUACCUAUUAUACAUUUUUAAAUUUUUUUCACUUACCUAGUUACCUAUAUGUCAUAACUUAUAACUUAGUUAAUAGUUAUCAUCAACUAAAUAUCUACCUACGCUAAAAAACCUUUAUUGAUUGUGAAAUUGUGAAUUUUUCAAAGUAAAUUUAUUGUUGUAUCGUUUUUGAUUUCUUGUUUCAGUUUAUAUGUUUACAAUAUUAUCGGUUAUAGGUAAUAAUAUAACAUACUAUUUGUUAUAGUAAUAUUGGUUAAGUAAAUUUUUUUUUUAGAAUGUCUAAUAUAAACACUAAAUCUUCUACUACCAAGUUAAGAAAUAAUGAAACAUCAAGAGUUCGUACCCAUAAUCGACCAAAUCCUGAUUCUGGCUUGCAAGUAGAUUCUAUAGCAUCUGGCUCUUUACGGAUUUCAAAUCCAAAAAUAAUUUCUGAACCACGUCGACCUAAAUAUGGAGGUAGAGGAAUAGCCAUUCGACAACUUGCUGAAUCUAUAGCUUCAAAAGACAGUAUUCGAGACAGUGCGAAAAAUUCAAAUCUGAACUUUUCAAAUUCAAGCAUAGAACAGCAUUUCAAUCGUCUUAAAGAAGAAAAUUUAAAAAAACUUAAUGAAGAAAAUGAAAAGAUUUGGGGAAAAUUCAUACAUUCUAAUAAGAAUACAUAACAUUUAAAAGGUACUCGUUUAGUAUUUGAAAAUAAUAGUUGACGAUUUGCAGUGACUAAUGCAAGGACAAUAAAAACUAUCAAUAUGCAUAUAAGAUGUAUAAAUAUAUUUAUAACUUUAAUUUACUGUAAAUAUGUGAUGUUAUUGUAUUGGUAAUCAAAUAAUUGUAUUGUAAAAUUAUACAUAUUAUUUUUUUGUAACAAAUUAAAUAUUAUGAUCUGUUUAAAGAUCAGUUCUGUAUGAAAACAUUAAAUUAAUUAAUAAUAUUGUUUCUGUUUUAUUUUAUAAUAUAUUUUCAGUAUAUAAUAUACCUAUUAAUGAAACUAAAUUAUAGAAUAUUUUUAAUUAAUA